AAAUCAGCAGUUCUGCUGAAAAAUCAGUAGACCUGGUAACACAUGAAAAGCAAUGAACUGUCAAUACUGUCAGUUGCUUGAUGAAAAGCCCUUCGUUGGUUUAAACAAAUACUAUGGACUGUGUUUGGUUUAAAUCUUGUUUAAAUCAGCUGUUUACAUUUAGAUUAACUUAUAUUUUAUUGAUUUUAUAAUAAACUUAACUCUUAACUUAAAAAAAUAACAGUUGUUGUUAAAAGUUUGUAAAUUGGGUAACGCAAGUUAUUUUACUUUUUGGGUGUAAAAUUAUUAUUGGAAUACACAAAAUCAAAUGGAAGUAAAACAAGAAAUUAGCGAGGGAACGUUUAAAAUAGAAAUAGAGUAUAAUGACGCUCUUUUGGACGGUUUUAAAUGUGAAAUUCAGGAGGAAUCCAAUAGACAAAAUACCCAGGAGACAUACGAUUCUUGUGCCUUAAAUAAAUGUCCCAUAAAAACUGAAAUAGACCAACAUGGAAAUAAACUUAACCCACUUGACGAAAAUAAAAAAACUGAAAAAGGUUAUCUCCAAGAUGAAAACAAAAUGGAAAUUAAUGAGACACUAAUUGAACGUACGUCUGACGAAGAAAAUUAUAUGAGUCGACACGCUGAAGGAAAAACAUUAAAUAAAACUAUGAAAGUUCUGACAAGUAAAAAACCUUAUAAAUGUGAGAUUUGUUUUAAGCAAUUUAGUAAAGCGGGUACUUUCAAAACACAUUUGAGAGUGCACACUCAGGAAAAACCUUAUAAGUGUGAAAUUUGUUUUAAGCAAUGUAGUCAAGCAGCUCAUUUAAAAAAUCAUUUGCGAGUGCACACUGGAGAAAAACCUCACAAGUGUGAAAUAUGUUUUAAGGUAUUUUCUCAGGGAAGUGAUCUAAAAAAACAUUUGAGGGUCCAUACUGGAGAAAAGCCUCACAAGUGUGAAAUCUGUUUUAAGCAAUUUAGUGAAGCAGGUAGUUUAAAAAGACAUUUGAGAGUACACACUGGGGAAAAGCCUUAUAAAUGUGGUAUUUGUUCUAAGCGAUUUUCUCAAUCAGACAGUUUGAAAAUGCAUUUGAGAGUACACACUGGAGAAAACCCUCACAAGUGUGAAAUUUGUUUUAAGGUAUUUUCUCAGGGAGGUAAUUUGAAACAACAUCUGAGAGUGCACACUCUAGAAAAACCUUACCAGUGUAAAAUUUGUUUUAAACAGUUUAAUAGAACAGAUCAUUUGAAAACACAUUUGAGAGUACACAUGGGAGAAAAACCUCACAAGUGUGAAAUUUGUUUUAAGCAAUUUAUUGGAACACAUGAUUUAAAAAAACAUUUGAGGGUCCAUACUGGAGAAAACCCUCACAAGUGUGAAAUUUGUUUUAAGGUAUUUUAUCAGGGAAGUAAUUUGAAAAAACAUUUGAGAGUGCACACUGGAGAAAAAGCUUACCAGUGUGAAAUUUGUUUUAAACGGUUUAAUAGAGCAGAUCAUUUGAAAACACAUUUGAGAGUGCACACGGGAGAAAAACCUUACCAGUGUGAAAUCUGUUUUAAGCAAUUUAUUGGAACAGAUUAUUUGAAAAAACAUUUGAGGGUCCAUACUGGAGAAAAACCCCACAAGUGUGAAAUCUGUUUUAAGCAAUUUAGUGAAGCAGGUACUUUAAAAAGACAUUUGAGAGUACACACUGGGGAAAAGCCUUAUAAAUGUGAAAUUUGUUCUAAGCGAUUUCGUCAAGCAGUCACUUUGAAAAAACAUCUGAGAGUGCACACUCUAGAAAAACCUUACCAGUGUGAAAUUUGUUUUAAACAGUUUAAUAGAACAGAUCAUUUGAAAACACAUUUGAGAGUACACACGGGAGAAAAACCUCACAAGUGUGAAAUUUGUUUUAAGCAAUUUAUUGGAACAUAUGAUUUGAAAAAACAUUUGAGGGUCCAUACUGGAGUAAACCCUCACAAGUGUGAAAUUUGUUUUAAGGUAUUUUCUCAGGGAAGUAAUUUGAAAAAACAUUUGAGACUGCACACUGGAGAAAAACCUUACCAGUGUGAAAUUUGUUUUAAACAGUUUAAUAGAGCAGAUCAUUUGAAAACACAUUUGGGUGUGCACACGGGAGAAAAACCUCACAAGUGUGAAAUCUGUUUUAAACAAUUUAUGGAAACAGAUUAUUUAAAAAAACAUUUGGGGGUCCAUACUGGUUGCGCACUUUAAAUUAUAUAUAUAAACUAAAUUAAUAAAAAAAAAUUUUCAUUAGAAAUUGUAAUAAUUAAAACAUUGGAAUUUGGAAACGAUUAAAAUAAGGAUAUUUUUAUAUAAUUAUGUUUUGUGGAAAUGUUAAAUUAAUGAACUAACCUCACGUUAUAAGUUUUUGUGCUUUUUUAUACAAUGUUCUUUUAUCUUUAAUUUCAUUGUAUUUAUAAUUAUAUACUCAGUUUAGCUAAUCUUGACGAAGCA